AUGGCCUGUUAAAAAUAAUUAGGAGUGCCUUCAGGAUAAAUUGCUAAAUGUAAGAGUUAAGAUUGAAUUAGGUCGAUUCAUAAAAUCUUGUGAGAAGAUCCCUGAUGAAUUAACCGAAAAAUGUUAUAAUAAUUUAUCAAAGUAUGGCUGUUUAUCUGUUAAAAAUACACAGUAAAUUUGUAUUUGGAAAAAUUAAUCGUGUUAUUUUAUAGAGAAGAAAGAAUAAUAAAGUUUAAUUUAAGAAAACUUUGAUGAGAUAAUGUAUAGUGCAUCUGCUUGUUCUUUGAUAGAACAUUAUUUAGUAAUUCAUAGUAGUUUAUUAUGGAAUCUAAUUUCUUAUAUUCCAGAUUUAAAAUUAGAAGCAUAUAAACAAUAAUAAAGAGAUUUCAAUAUUGAAUUUACUGAUACUAGAAAUUAUGAUGAUCCAAAUACUGCAAAAAUGGUAAAUAAUUAUUUACAGAAAAACGGAAAAUUUGUUUGGUAUAAAUUUGGGGUUUCUAAUUAAUAUAAUUUAACAAAUUGUAAAAUUUUGAUUAUUUAUAUUAGUAUAAAUAUCAAGUAGAUUAAGAGAAGGUUGUAUAGCAUUAGAAAUAUAAAAUGAUUAAGAUAUUUNUAUAAAAUGGUUCUUAUAUUUACUUUUUUGA